UGGAUUCCCAGUCCAGCUGCGUGGUGGUGACUGGUUUUGGGCCGUUCCGGCAGCACCUGGUAAAUUCCAGCUGGGAAGCAGUGAAGGUGCGGCUGUGGCCCUCAGGGACGUUGAGGAGCUGGCCUGAGGACACCUGCCAUCUAGAUUCCAGUCUCACAUGGUCCUGCUCUCCUGCCAGCGCCUGAGACACGGAUGAGGCGACAGUCUGCUCAGUCUCCUAGCUCACGAUGUACCGCAGUGGUGACGACCGGAACAGAAGCUGCCCUAAUAGCUGAUAAGCAAGAGCUGUCCAGGCUGGGCCUGAACAGCGGCAUGGAGGUGGAGCUGCGGAUUCUUCAACUGCCUGUAGACUACAGGGAGGUGAAGCAGAGGGUCACCAGAAUCUGGGAGGAUCUUCAACCACAACUCGCGGUGCACGUGGGCCUGGACGCCUCGGCCAAGGCCAUCCUCCUGGAGCGGCGCGCCAAGAACCACGGCUACCGGGACGCCGACGUCCGGGGCUUCCGGCCGGCGCGCGGGGAGUGUCUUCCGGGCGGCCCGGAAGUGGUCGCGUCCGGGGUCACCGCGAGGGCGGCGAGCAAGCGCGCGGCCCCGGAGGGCGUGGCCGUGGCCGUUUCAGGAGAUGCUGGCAGAUACGUCUGCGAGUACACCUACUACCUGUCUUUGCAUCAUGGAAAUGGGCGCGCGGCACUCAUCCACGUGCCUCCGUUAUCCCAUUGGCUCCCAGCCAGUGUGCUGGGAAAAGCCCUGCAAGUCAUCAUCCAGGACAUGCUGGAGGAGAUGAGAAAGCCUGAGCUCAAAGCCUGGUUUGCAGAAAACUCAACCUCGGUGAUUCCAGCCCAGGGAGGGCAAUUGGGGGAUUGCCUCUUUAGAGAAAAUUAAAUGUUUCAAUCUUGUGUGCAGAGUUCAACUGUGCUUUAAGAGACUUUUAAAAAAUGGCUUGUAAAACCUUUUACACAGAGGAAGAAAGCUCUGAAUUAGCCCAAAGAAAUCACAAAGGGUUAUUUUAUUGUCAGAAGAAAGAAGAACACUCAAAGGCAGACAUUUCACAAGGGAUUAACUAGCUUCAGUUAUGGUUUUCUUGACAAUAAAAUGAAAUCCUAGUAAUUUUUUUUUUUUUCUCUUAAAACUGUGCAGGAGCCAGUGUGAUCCUGCCCAGAUUGCCAAAGCCACAGACCUGUUGGGCAGAGCUGUAUGUGAUGGGUUGAUCUGUGACCAGCUGGCCAGGGGGAAAUACAGGCGGAGUGGCCACUCAAUACCCCCUUUCUGGCCCCCAGACUCAUGCAUCCAGGUGUUGUGUGCAGCUUCUGAUCACUGCGUCUCUAGUGUUUGGUUUUUCUUUUUUUCUCCUUUUAAAAAAAAUUGUGUUUAAUAUACAUACAUACAUGAA